AUGGACCGCGGGAAUGGAGCCGGCCCUGGCGCUACUGCCGCCUCGAGGGCGGAGCGAUUCGAGGAUGAAAAGCGCCGCAUAAUCGAAAGCUGCUUUAGCAAAAAGGACACUGAUGGCUCCCUUCUCGAGACCUACAUCACGCACAUUCGCACCAUCGAAUAUUCCUCCCAUCCGUCAACCCCCCCGCCACCACAGGCUCGUACCCCCGAAGUCGAGAAAGCCAGAGUCAUCAUUGUGGCAGUACGCAAGUCGGGCCGGGUUCGCAUGCACAAAUCAAAAGAAAAUGCCAACGGAACCUUUUCAAUCGGCAAAACAUGGAACCUUGAUGACCUGACCCAUAUUGGCUCCUUCACUGGACCCCAGGUGAAGCCAAACAAUCGAGAAUGGGGAGGCGACACUGGCUUUUUGGUAACUCUUGGCAAGCCCUACUACUGGGAGGCACAGACCGACAAAGAAAAGAAGUUCUUCAUUGCCAGCCUAAUCAAAAUUUACGGAAAGUAUACUGGUGGCAAGACCCCCGAGCUGGCCGGUUUUGAUCAGAAAGAGCUUGACCAAGUGUUGGGCGCCGGGAGACGACCUGCUGCAUCUGCGUCACGACCUCCCCCCCUUGAGCAAACUCCUAGUCAGCAGAGCGUAGUUUCGGGUUCUCCAGCGCCAAGUCUUCCGCCUGUGCCCUUAGCUUCGCCGUUGGUGCCACCACCGAUUUCGAGUGCGCCUGAUCCCGCUCGGUUCCAGAAGAGCCCUGUGGCUCUGCGACAGCCGUUGAACGGCGGCAAUUCACCUGCAGGUAGCUUCGAAUCGGCAAUCUCAAGGGAUCGUCCGGGGGAUCGUCCGGGUCCAAGAUGGACAAACCAAGCGAACAGGAGUCAGGAUUCUGUGGCCAACUCAUUCACUACCGCGAGAAGCGAAGAUACGUCUAGUCAACCGCCUCGUUCUCGAAAUGGUAUGAAUGGUCCUGGAGCAUUUGGGCGCUUUGGGGACUCCCGAGAACCUCCUGAAGCUCCCCAAGAACCGCUUCCCACACCUCCUCCUCAAGGACCUCCGCAAUCAGAGGGGAAGCCACCUCCAGAAAGACGACGCCCGCCAAUGGAUCCCACUCGACCUCAAGACCGCGAUCUUGUUCCUCCGCCCCUGAACAGUCCAACAGUGAGAAAGGAACCUGUUGCCCCACCACCCAGAAGUAGUGAUAGAAUAUCACCUAGGACUGAUACUAGCCAAACGCCUCCCGCACCGGCAGACCGAGUCAUGCCACCUCUAACAAUCCCGCCGUUGGACAAUUCAAAAUCGGAGAGCAUUAAUCUUGAAACUACAAUAGAACCAACCAACAGCUCUACCACUUCAUUAUCAGUUCCAGCUUCUAACGAUACUGGACCUGUUUUGGAGCCGCCGCCCGAGCCUGAGGAAGAGACACGACCAGGAUUAGGGCCUAUGAUCAGACAAAAGAAGUCAAAGGGUGAUAUUGCCGGAGCGCUAUGGAAAGCUGCAUCAGCUGCCUCGGCUUUUCGUCCUCGUCCAGGUGGUGCCGGAGAGCGUUUACGUCAAGCGCAGCUUAAACCUGAGGGACCUGACGGCAUAACUGGCGUCGUACCUGCGCCGCCUCGCCCCGUCACCCCUGACAUAUCUAAACCCGUUUCCGGCCAUGUGGAAACGUCAACUGAAAGCCCGAAGCCUGCUGCUGGCGGCUCACCGGCUUCAACCCGGACUUCUACGGCGGUUCCAGAGGUAACCGUUACUAUUCCAAAUGCCAGUCAAGCAACGACUGUUGAGCCAGACAAAGGCAAGAAGGAGGAAGCGCCCAAAGAAGAACCAAGAAAGUCUAUCGUGACAGGGAAUGAUGCGAAAUAUCUACAAAGUCUGAGCGUGGACCCGAGCCUUCUCGAUGAUCGGAGUGAGGAGUUUGGUAAGUGGCUAGACUAUUUUGGCUGGGUUCCCGGACGGCAAAUGCGCUCUCAUUCGGCGGAGGAGAUAAAGACAGAUGUGGAAAGAGAGAUCAACAGAGCUCAAGCUGGUGGUUGGCUCGCCAGAUUUCAAGAGGAAGACGACCGAGUAGAAGCUAUCAAACGGGGCAUCGAUCUAGCCAUGGGAGAGUGUGAAGAGCUGGAUAAUCUUCUAACUUUAUACUCUGUCGAACUUUCGACGCUGUCAGAUGACAUUGCCUAUAUCGAGGCUCAAGGUCAAGGUCUUCAAGUGCAAACAGCAAAUCAAAAGCUUCUGAAAAAAGAAUUGGAAUCACUAUUAGAGACUUGUGCUAUUACAGCAGGAGACCUGGAGGCUCUGCGGCUCGCGCCUUUGGACAAUCUGCGGGGUCUAGAGGAUGUCGAGGCAGCCCUUGUGAUACUCUUCAAGGCCAUGAUUAAAAUUGACCCUUCUUUAGGAGGCAUUGAACCAACACCAAGUACCAAGUCUAGCACCAACCAACCCCCGGUUUUUAACUCCGAUUACGACAACAUGAGAAUCGUUCAGGAAAAGAAGCAGAUGUACCUUCAGCAGAGCGCAUUCUUUAUGCAACGACUUAUUGAGUUCAUGUCUCGCCAGUUUGAUGAGGCGUGCGCCGGUUCAAAACGUGCGCUAGAAGGUGCUCUCUCCAAAAAGGUCGACUCGUCCCACUACGAUGCCGGCCGCGAGUUGCUGUGGCAGUACAGUCCCCUGAUGCUGUAUGCUCGAGACGUUGACCUGAACAAUUGGAAUCACCUCAUCCAGAUCUAUCAGGACAAGAGCCACCCGCUGUACAAGGGCCAAUUCCAAAACGUCAUUAGUAUAUGGCGUAAGAAUGCAAGAAAGACAACAGGAGAAGAAGCCGAACUCCUGUUCUCAUCGCAGGUUGAGAAACAACAAGAGGGCGUCGCAACCGCCGCCAGAAAGAUGACAGUGAAGCGCAGUCAGACCCUGGCCAGAGCUCUUCGGUCGCCGCUUGCAGACAGCGGUAACCGGGCCAAUCCAGAGAAAUCGCCUACAUCCGACAGCAGAAGCUUUCCAUAUGAAGUAUUCUCCGGCGUAUUGGAUGACCUUUUGCCGUUGGUUGAGAUGGAACAAAACUUCAUCAUCGACUUCUUCCAUGCGACUACUCUGGAGCAGGCCGAUUUCACUGAUGCUGUGGCAGUGAACGCUCCUCGAGACCGACGCGGAGGGGAUUUGAAGCGUCACCGUUUGAUGGAGCCAGAUCGUGACUUGGCACGAAGAGUGACUCGUUCUAUGGAGGUGAUAUUUGCCUUCCUUGAGUCUGAAUUGCAGCGACUCAUGGAAUGGGUGGUUGGACAAGACGCAUUACAAGGAGUCGGUGUUCUCGCAGCGCUUGAAAGGAAGUUGUCAGAAAUUAGUCAAUCUAACCAGGAUUACCUAAACACAUUAUUGCAAAAGCUGCACAGUCUUCUGGAAGGUCGCUUCAGCAAGUUUGUGGAGGAGCAGAUCAAAGCCAUUGAGGAGACAAAGGUCAAAAUUAACAAGCGAAAAGGAGUGAUUUCCUUCUUCCGCGUCUUCCCAGCAUUCAUGUCGGCGGUAGAGAAUAUGAUAAGCGGACUCGAUGCGAACUCGGCGCUCCGACGCAUGGUUGACCGAGAGUACGAUCGCAUUCUCAAGUCCAUGUUUGACUCGCUCAUGGUCAUUGCUCGAGAGCGGCCAGCUGUUGUGGGCGUGUCCAGCGGGCCGGCUGAUCCUGAGGACAAGGAAGCACUCAAUUUCCACAUCUUGCUCAUCGAAAAUAUGAAUCAUUUCCUUGAGGAAACGGAUACGCGGGGCCUUGAAGUGCUCGAGGAGUGGAAAGACCAAGCUAACACCGAGUAUCAUGAACACAUGGACAUGUACCUCAACGCUGUCAUGCGCAGGCCCCUUGGCAAGCUGCUUGACUACCUUGAGAACAUCGAGGCACAAAUACAGUCGGGCAAAUCACCUGCGGCCAUUGCGCAACAACCGUCCAAUGACAAGGCCAUAUUCAACAAGAUUCUUGGAAACUUUGAUUCCAAGGAGGUCCGCAAGGGGGUAGAAGCCCUGCGCAAGCGCGUUGAGAAACACUUUGGCGAUGCCGAUGACCCUGCGCUCAGUCGUGCUCUAGUGGCAAAGGUGACAUCUGAAUGUGAGAAAUUUUAUCUCAAUGUGGAAACCAGAAUCGGGCAAGUCACCACGGAUGUGUACGGGGGCGAUGUGCCCUUUGAAUGGCCUAGAGCUGAUGUCAAGCUGGCCUUCAGAUAA